AUGGCUACCAUGGCAGCGGCUACCCGCGAUAUCACCCAGGCCUCCUUGAGCCGAGACAACUUAGCUGUUGUAGCGGCUCGGAGUGUCCCUGCGACUGUGACACGAUCUCAACCCCUCCCUACUCCCCCCAACUCCAUCUCUCCCGCCCUUCCGCCUCACGGCCUCAAGGCGCAGCUCCAGAAGGCCAGGCUCGAGCCUAUCGACUCGGACCUCGACCUUCACGAACCCGCCGAUAACGGCCGGUCGGUCUCGCCUGCCCUCGUCGAGGCGUCGGGCGCCAUCACCAGCUCCCUGCUCUCCAAAUAUCACCUGCCGGAGAUCCUGCUCAACCACGGACCCCUGGCCAUCAGACACAUCAUGGGAUACCUGACCACCUCGGUACCGGGGUUCUCUGGCAUUGCCCCCGCCAAGGCGCGGAGACUGGUUGUCGGAGCGUUGGAGGGUCGAGGAGGAGAAGGAGGCGGUUUGGAACGAGACGUGGAAUUUGAAAAGGUUGGAUGGGGUCGAUGGGAUGCCCGUCAGCGAGGACAGCCGGCGCGUCCCCGCCAGGGAACGCCGCCUUCCCCAUACGGCACUGGCAUCCCCAUCAAUAAGAUGAGAGGCCAGGACCGCCUUCGAGCCGCUGCGUCGAGCGGCGCUGGGUCUACUCACUUUUCUCAUGACGAACACGACAUCUCCAUGAUGGAGAAUGAGGCCGACAAGAUGUCCAUGGACGGCUCCGCAUCCGCCUCGUGCUCCGAGGCACCGGAUGAUGACGUUGUUAUGAAUGACGACCCCGAGGACGUGACUGACGACGAGGAUUGGGCGACCAUGGGCGCUGCUGCCCUUCGAGCCGAAUCCUACCCUAACAUGGCUGCGGCCCAGACGGACCGCGGCUUUGUUCCUUCUUCUGUAUACGCCCCUGGUGGGCUUCGAUCGUUCUCUGCCAGCUCCGGCAUGGCUCGCCCGCCCCAGCCAACAAACAUCGACUUUUCGGCGUUGGCGGGCACCUCUGACGCCCAGGAGCGAGAGGCCGUAGAGGCUCUCCUUCGUCUCGGUUCUGUAUAA